GCCCGGAGAACGACGCGAUAUUCGAGUUUGUUUUCGGUAGAGAGAUAUCCGAUCGUUUCCCGCGUCUUGUACCAAUUAGCUGAUUGACGCCGCAUGGCGCAUGCUGUGAGGUGAGGUGACGGGGAUCUCCGGUUCGGUUCGGCUUCCUCCUCCCCCUCACCACCGCUCAGGAUGCCCAGGUCUGUGCGGAGACUGGUCCAUCUGAUGCUGUUCUGCCCCUUGUCCAAAGGCCUGCAGAGUCGUCUUCCUGCCAUAAAGGUGAAGUACCUCCUCCUGGCCUGGCUGGGCAUCCUCAUCAUCAGCUGGAUCAUCUACAUGCAGUAUGCUUCAUAUGCAGAACUCUGCCGUGGCCAUGUUUGCCACAUGGUCAUUUGCGAUCACUACAGAAGAGGCAUCAUAUCAGGCUCGUCCUGUAAGGCUUUGUGUGAUCAAAAAACUCUGAGCCUGCACCACUGCAUGUCCACCUCCUCCACACAUCAGGUGUACGUUGGUCUUUGGAACGAGAGGCCCGUGGUAAUCAAAUGUAGCAUUGAGGAUCCAGUGAACAUAGACGGUGCUCCAGAAACUUUAAUGCGACCAGAGAUGAUCUUGUUCGACAAGCCGACUCGUGGAACUUCCAUGGAUGAAUUUAAAGAAAUGCUCCACAGCUUCCUCAAGGCUAACCUUGGUGAACAAACAUCUUUGAGUGCCUUGAUGGACAGAGUCAUCACUCUGGCUGAUGUUAACCAGGACAGCAAGGUGUCUCUUGCAGAGGCUAAGUCCAUAUGGGCUCUUCUCCACAUCAAUGAGUUCCUCCUGAUGGUGGCGCUGCAAGAGAAGGAACAUACUCCCAAACUGCUAGGUUUUUGUGGAGACUUGUAUGUGACAGAACGUGUGAGCCACAGCUCCCUAUACAAGCUGGAGGUGCCCCAUUACCUCCAGACCAUCAUACCAGAGGCCUUGAGCUCCAGUUUGAACCACUGGUUGGCACCAUCCUGGCCCCGUAGGGCUCGCAUCACCAUUGGCCUGCUGGAGUUCGUGGAGGAGGUGUUCCACGGAUCUUAUGGGACUUUCCUCAUAUGUGACGCCAGCCUUUACCAUGUGGGUUACAACGCUAAAUAUGACUGCAAGAUGGCCAACCUGCGCAGUGUGGUGUCGGAGGCUGUCGUUCGGGUGUUUUUGAAGGGGCGCCGGUGUGAGAAUAAUUUGGAUUGUACGUACGGUAAGGACUGCACGGCCACAUGCGACCGACUGGUGAAGCAGUGCAACACAGAGGUUGUGCAGCCAAACCUCGCCAAGGUGUGUGUGCUGCUGCAGGACUUCCUGCUUUUUGGAGCGCCAUCAGACCUGCGGGGGGAUCUGGAGAAGCAGCUCCGCACCUGCGUGACACUCAGCGGUUUGGCAAGCCAGAUGGAGGUUCACCAUUCGUUAGUUCUAAAUAAUCUAAAGACAUUACUGUGGAAGAAAAUUUCUAACACGCAGUACUCCUGAAAACAAGCCGGACUGGUGUGCAUUUCAUGUCAAAUGUGAGUCAUUAUGUGAAAAUUUCCAGUUUUUGCUGAUGAAGUUUUGCCAAAUAGUCCGAAGGGUUUAAUAAUUCACAUUCACUCUACACUGACUUCUGACAAAAGAAAGCUGUGAAGCAAGAGAUGAAGUUGGCAUUUAAUUCAUGUUAUACCCAACAUGCUUUAUUUUAUAAAUGGACUUUCAUCUGUUUGCACAAACUUUUCUCAGGAUGCCGCCCUGUAACAUCAUGGCUUUAAUUAUGUGAAUGAGUUUUUAAAAUAAAGCAACCAGCACAUUGUUUGGCUUGGUGAUUUAUACGUAAUCUAUUUUUGUCUGUGCAUUGUAAGAAAUGUGCCAGUUUUUGUACUUCUGUGUAUAUUAGUUGUUUACUUUGAAUGAAUUUAAUUUAACUGAACAAGCCAGAGAUGCAAACUCCAGAAAAUAAAAGUGAAAGAAAUAAUCCACAAAUAGACUUACAAUUCAGAGAAUCUCAGCUCAGCUCAUUCCAUCUAUUGUUAAGGUGUUGACUGAAAAUCCCAUUAAACAUGUGUCACUUCCUCCUGA